UCGAGAGCUGCGACAUGUCCCUUGGCAAUUGACGUAGUCACAAAUUUUCAUUAUAUGUUGCAUAGUUCAAAGACUUUCUUAUUUUUUGAAAAUUUGCAAUUGACAAAAUAUAUGGCGGCGAAAUCUGUGCCUAGCAUCGAACAUUUUCUCAACCUCCUUGGUGGCUACCGAAUGUCCUAUGCUAUGUUCGCUGCCCUGAAUCAUGGGGUAUUUGAAUAUAUUGAGAAGAGCGAUGAGGGACGAACGGCUGAACAAACAGCAAAAGAUUUGACCCUCGACGAGACUGCCACUACAGUUUUACUCGACACUUGCACCAGCGUGGACCUUCUUGUGAAGGAUAUACCGAACGGAAAAGUGGAGAAUGCCCGCUAUUCAAACUCGGAACAAACUAAGCGAUAUCUUCUCCAAAAAGGUUCAGAGACAUUUUAUGGAUAUGCCCUACACGUGGCAAGAAAUGCUUGUAAACUCACCUCAAAUUUUGAAUACACCCUUAAAGAAGGGACAAAUCAAUGGGAGCGAACAUUUGGGUUGUCGUCUGAAAAAUGUUUUGACAACUUUUAUAGGAGUAGGGAUAAAUUGAUCGAGUUUGGAGAUGCAAUGGAUAGCAUGUUGAAGAUAUCCAUGCCUUCGGUACUCACUCCUUUUGAUCUCUCUGGAUUUAGCCAUCUUUGUGAUCUUGGAGGUUCUGGUGGCACAUUGUCCUACGCUGCUGUGAAAGCCUAUCCAAACAUGAGGUCGACUGUUUUUGAGCUGCAAUCAGUUGUUGACGUCGCCGACCAUUUCCGACCAUCUGCCGAAGAUUGUCCCAACAGGGAUAAUGUCUCAUUUGUGGCGGGAGAUUUCUUCAAGGAUGACCUGCCACCAGCUGAUCUUUACAGUUUGGUCCAAAUAAUUCAUGACUGGGACGAGGAGAAAAUAGAUUUGCUCUUGGGCAAAGUUUACGCAAGUCUUCCUUCUGGCGGAGGUAUUCUGAUUGGCGGCGUAAUCCUUGAUGACGACAAGCGUGGACCAGCCCUGAACGUUUCCAACAGCAUCACCAUGCUUUCUAUUUGCUCUGGGGGUCGUGAGAGAUCUGGGAAAGAGUAUGAGCAGCUGCUGACCAAGCAUGGCUUCGCUGAUGUCCAGUGCCACCAGAACCCAGUUCCUUGUCUUCUCGGUGGAGUGUUUGCAAGGAAACCAUAACAAUCAUAAUCCUCAUUUUCAAUACAGAUGUAUCUUUCAGGGGCCGAUGGUUCAAAAGCCGCUUAGCUUAACCAAGCCUGAGUUAAAACUUUCAAUCACUUGUUUACAAAGUUGAAUAUAUUUUUCCAUAAAUAUUUUCUGGACCGUCCGGUUCAUAAGCCAUUAAACGGAAACAGUGGAAUAAAAUUUAACACAGGGUUAGCUGAAAAAUUGAAU